AUGUUUUUGGGUGCCGUUCGCCGCAGCCAUACCAAGUCUCGAAAGGGAUGUCUCAAAUGCAAAACUCGCCACAUACGAUGUGAUGAGAAAUAUCCGCAAUGUUCCAACUGCACCAAACGCAAGGACCGUUGUCCAUAUAAUGAUAUGCCUACCAUACCCGGAAGUUUGUCGAAACCGGACCUAAUGUGGACGCCAACGAUCGAAGCAGCGAUUGAAGACUGGAAAACAACCUCCAAAUUUCCCUUUCCAUCCUUGCAAGUUUACCCGACUCCAGUCCCGCAACUUUAUUCUACGGAAGACCUCCGAUUGAUAUACCACUUCGCGAGCUUGAAAGAUCAACUGGCCGAAAAAAAUAAUGACGUCUAUACAUCAUUUUGGACCCAAAAUAUACCAACACUUCUGAGCAUAGCUACUACCUCUACAUAUGUGAUGCACGCAUUGUGUUCUCUAUCCGCCACACAUAUCGCGCUUCACACCAAUUGCCCCCUCGUCAGUAACAUUGCUUUCGAGCACCGAGGGCUCGCGUUUGUUGGCCUGCACAAAGCGCUCGGCGAAUUCUCCCGCGAAAAUUCCGAUGCUAUUUUAGCGGCUUCGGUGCUUCUAUCUUGGCAGGCCACAGACCGCGAUAGCUGGACAAAGCUCAUGCAGGGUACAUCUACGAUUAUUAACUCCAUGGGCUGCUGGCUUCCUGAGUCUGCUCUUGCUCUUUCAGUGUCGCAGACAUUGUGCCCGCGCGCUUCAUCAGAAUCCCGGACGGGAGAUUCCAGCAGUACCGACGAUCAGAGCUUUGAUGAUUACUCCACCGAACUCACCUCUCCGUAUGUAUCGACCGACAAUCACGAGUUCACACCUGGUGUAGGAAAGUACGAAAUGUCGCCAGUUGAGUCUGGGACAUCCGAUAGUUCACCCAAUAGCGCCAGGGAUGUCUUUAUCAAAGUCGAGUCCCCGACAGCCUUAAUUUAG